ACAAGUUGCAUACCACAGCAUUAAAGACAGACAGCAUCACUUCCUUGAUUUCACGGGACAGAGAGCGAGUCUCCUCCCACUCGAGUGGCAUAUUGGUGAGGAAAAAGCCUCGUUUGUCUCACGGGAAGAAGUUGAAAACAUGAAGAAACGCCACAGUUAGAGGAAUCACAAUUCAAAAGUCAAGGGCGCAGCACAUCUCUUCUCCGGGCGGCUGGAUUAUUAAAAUGUGUUACUGCCGAAGCGAAGAAACAAGUGGCUUGAGACACUGAGUCGACUGGACACAUUGCGCUGGAUCAGAGGGGUUUAAAGUAUCGGGAAAACUACUGAAACCUUUGCAGAUAUGUCUGAACACUUGUUUUGUUUCCUUCACAUUGGGGAUAUCGUGUCUCUGUAUGCAGAGGGAACGGUCAAUGGAUUUAUCAGCACUUUAGGGUUGGUGGAUGACCGAUGUGUGGUGCAACCUGAGGCUGGGGAUCUUACAAACCCACCAGACAAAUUCAGAGAUUGUCUCUUCAAGGUGUGUCCUAUGAAUAGGUACUCUGCACAGAGACAGUUCUGGAAGGCAAAACAGGGAAAACAUGGGAACAACACACAGGGAGACCUCUUCAAGAAAUUACAGCAUGCAGCGGAAAUGGAGCAGAAACAGAACGAUACUGAGAAGAAGAAAUUACUGGGAGAGGUUGUUAAAUAUAGUCGGGUUAUACAGCUUCUCCAUAUUAAGAGUAAUAAGUACCUGACAGUGAAUAAGCGUCUUCCGGCCCUGCUGGAGAAGAACGCAAUGCGUGUUUCUCUGGACCCUUCGGGAAAUGAGGGCUCCUGGUUCUGCAUCCAGCCUUUCUGGAAGCUACGCAGUGAAGGAGACAAUGUGGUGCUUGGAGAUAAAGUGGUUCUAAUGCCUGUAAACGCGGGGCAGCCUCUCCACGCCAGCAACAUCGAACUCCUGGAUAACCGUGGCUGCAGAGAGGUUAACGCUUUGAACUGCAACACCAAUUGGAAGGUCACUCUUUUCAUGAAAUUCUGUAAAUACAGAGAUGACAUAUUAAAAGGGGGGGAUGUGGUGAGGUUGUUUCAUGCCGAGCAGGAAAAGUUUCUUACUUGUGAUGAGUACAAGAAACAGCAGUAUGUCUUCUUACGAACCACUCUCCGCCAGUCAGCAACCUCUGCCACCAGUUCAAAAGCUCUAUGGGAAGUGGAGGUUGUACACUCUGACCCCUGCAGAGGAGGAGCCGGCCAAUGGAACAGCCUGUUUCGCUUCAAACACCUCGCCACAGGCCACUACCUUGCGACAGAGAUGAAUCCUGAUUUUAAAGAUCAUACUGAUAGUAUCAGCACCAAAAACGAGACCAACACAGGCACUUUGUACUCUAAAAAGAAGUGGCAGGCUUACAAGAUCCCAUACACCCUUUUGUCAGUGCCCCAUGGCAAUGACAUCGCCUCUCUUUUUGAACUGGAUGCCACCACCUUACAGCGGGCAGACUGCCUAGUUCCCAGGAAUUCUUAUGUCAGACUCAGGCACUUGUGCACAAACACUUGGGUGACCAGUACUAACAUUCCCAUUGAUGUUGAGGAGGAACGUCCCGUUAUGCUCAAGAUCGGCACCUGUCAAAUGAAGGAGGACAAGGAGGCAUUUUCCAUUAAUUCUGUCCCCCUAUCAGAGGUCCGAGAUUUGGACUUUGCCAACGAUGCCAACAAGGUCCUGGAGAUGUAUGUGCAUAUAUUGGGCAUCAGCAAUUUUGCAGCAGCAAAUGAACGCAGGUUUACUAUUAAGCUUUUGGAGGACCUGAUCUUCUUUGUGUGCGACGUGCCAAACAACGGACAGGACGUGUUGUCUGUGGUCAUUUCGAACCCCAGCAGAGAGAGGCAGAAACUCAUGAGAGAGCAAAACAUCCUGGCACAGAUCUUUGGAAUUCUUAAAGCGCCAUUUUCUGAGAUUAAAGACCCGCUCAUGCCGAAACUGGAGGAUAUGGGGGAGCAGCGCAACGCUCCGUUUAAGUACAUGCUACAAUUGUGUUACAGAAUUCUGCGCCAUUCCCAACAAGAUUACCGCAAGAAUCAGGAGUACAUAGCCAAGAAUUUUUCCAUCAUGCAGGCUCAAAUCGGCUAUGAGAUCCUGGCUGAAGACACAAUCACUGCUCUACUGCACAACAACCGCAAGUUGUUAGAAAAACAUAUCACUGCACGUGAGAUUGAGACCUUUGUCAAACUUCUGCGCAGGAACCGAGAGCCCAGGUUUCUGGAUUAUUUGUCUGACCUUUGCGUCUCCAACAAAACAGCCAUUCCUAUCACUCAGGAGCUAAUUUGCAAAUUCAUGCUGAACCCCAUCAACGCAGACAUCCUCAUCCAGACCAAACUGAUCCCACACACAGAGACCUCUCUGGAGUCAUCUUUAAUCCAGGAGGAUGGUGAUGAUGAAGAGGUGUGGCUAUACUGGAAUGAUAAGGACCAAGAGCCUCAUGGGAAAUCCAUCCGCCACCUUGCCCAGGAUACCAAGAAUGGACAAAAACUGGACAUUGACAUCAUCACCUACUACAGGUGUCAACUCAAUCUUUUCGCUAAAAUGUGCCUGGACCGGCAGUAUCUGGCCAUCAAUCAGAUUUCCAAUCAGCUGCCAGUAGAUCUAAUCCUGCGCUGCAUGUUUGAUGACUGCCUGCCUUACAACCUGUUUCUGGAUUAUUUGUCUGACCUUUGCGUCUCCAACAAAACAGCCAUUCCUAUCACUCAGGAGCUAAUUUGCAAAUUCAUGCUGAACCCCAUCAACGCAGACAUCCUCAUCCAGACCAAACUGAUCCCACACACAGAGACCUCUCUGGAGUCAUCUUUAAUCCAGGAGGAUGGUGAUGAUGAAGAGGUGUGGCUAUACUGGAAUGAUAAGGACCAAGAGCCUCAUGGGAAAUCCAUCCGCCACCUUGCCCAGGAUACCAAGAAUGGACAAAAACUGGACAUUGACAUCAUCACCUACUACAGGUGUCAACUCAAUCUUUUCGCUAAAAUGUGCCUGGACCGGCAGUAUCUGGCCAUCAAUCAGAUUUCCAAUCAGCUGCCAGUAGAUCUAAUCCUGCGCUGCAUGUUUGAUGACUGCCUGCCUUACAACCUUCGUGCCUCAUUUUGUCGUUUAAUGCUGCACAUGCACGUGGACCGUGACCCACAGGAGGCCGUGGUGCCCGUUCGUUAUGCGCGUCUCUGGACUGAGAUACCUUCCAAGAUCUCUGUCAAUGAGUAUGAUUAUGAGUUCAGAGACACGUCCAGAGAGGAGAUGAAGAGAAAGUUUGCCCCUACUAUGCAUUUUGUGGAUGAAUAUCUCAAAGAUGUGUUCAGUCAGCCUGAUCCCUUUGGAGACAGAGAGAAGAAUGAACUGACUCUUGAGGUGGUCCACCUGGCACGUAACCUGGUCUACUUUGGCUUCUACAGCUUUAAUGAGCUGCUGUGCCUCACGCGCACCCUGCUGGCCAUCCUGGACAUUGUCCAACCCACUUCCACAUUUAUGUUCAAACUCAACAAGAGCCCUGAGGGAGGUAAUAAUGUCAUGCGUACCAUCCACGGUGUGGGUGAGAUGGUGACUCAGAUGGUUCUGAGCAGAGGCUUGAUGAUGCCCCACUGUCUCCCUGAUGCUCAGCCAAUCCACGGAAAGCAACUCUGUGUCCGUGACAACGAGAACGUCAUGGUGAUGGACACCAAGCUCAGGAUUAUUGAGAUUCUGCAGUUCAUUCUGAAUGUGCGACUCGAUUACCGCAUCACCUAUCUGCUGUCUAUCUAUAAAAAAGAGUUUGGCGACCAGACUUUGGACACUUCUGCUUCAGUGGCAGAAGUUCCUGUCAUGGCUGAGCCAAACAUUGAAGAGAUUGCGGAGAAAGCAGAGAAUAUGUUUUCUGGAAGUGCUAAGGAGAGGAACUCGGUGGACCUCGAUGAUGAAGGCGGUCAGACGUUUCUGCGGGUGCUUAUUCACCUCAUCAUGCAGGACUACCCUCCACUGAUCUCUGGCUCUCUUCAGCUCAUCUUCAAACACUUCAGCCAGAGAGCCGAAGUUCUGCAGGCCUUCAAACAGGUCCAGUUGCUGGUUUCUGAGGAGGAUGUGGAAAAUUAUAAGAAAAUUAAGGCAAGCCUGGACCAGCUGCGUCUGACAGUGGAAAAGUCUGAGCUGUGGGUCGAGAAGAGUGGAGGUUAUGGCAGUGAAGACAAUGCUGAGAAUCAAAACAAAGAGCAGAAUUUGGAGGAAGCAGGUAUCUUGAGCCCAGUGCAGGAUGGGAGCAGUAAACCUCAAAUAGACAGCAACAAAGCCAACAACUACAAAAUUGUCAAAGAGAUCCUGCUGAGUCUCAGUAAACUCUGCUCUCCUGGUAAGAAGAUCCGUGUGCAGCAGCAGAGGCUGCUGAAGAACAUGGGAGCUCACACUGUGGUGCUAGACCUCCUCCAGAUCCCAUAUGAGAAGGGGGACGAAAAGAUGGACGAGAUUAUGAUUCUAGCCCACACUUUCCUUCAGUACUUCUGCAGAGAUAAUCCUCAGAACCAGGCGCUGCUGCAUAAACACCUCAACCUCUUCCUUACACCUGGGCGUCUAGAGGCAAAAACCAUGUGCUACAUCUUCAGGAACAACUACCACCUGUGCAACGAGAUCAGCGACCGCGUGGUGCAUCACUUUGUGCACUGUAUUGAGACCCACGGCCGUCACGUGCAGUACCUGCGCUUCCUCCAAACCAUUGUGAAAGCCGAUGGCAAAUACGGGAAGGAAUGUCAAUGCAAAGUCAUGAAUGAGCUGGUGAACGGAGGAGAAGACGUGUUGGUUUUCUACAAUGACCGUGCCUCCUUCCCUGUGCUUCAAAAUAUGAUGUCGUCUAAGCGAGAUGAGAACGAUGCUCUGGCGUACCACAUCACCCUGGUGGAGCUGCUGGCAGCCUGCACCGAGGGCAAGAACGUUGAUACAGAGCUCAAGUGCAACUCACUUCUGCCGCUUGAUGAUAUUGUCAACGUGGUCACGUACGAAGGCUGCAUUCCAGAGGUAAAAAUAUCAUACAUAAAUUUCGUGAAUCACUGCUAUGUGGACACUGAGGUGGAGAUGAAGGAGAUCUACACCAGCAAUCACAUUUGGAAACUCUUCGACAAUUUCCUUGUAGACAUGACUAGUGUGUCUAUCGGCCACACAGACAGGAAGCAUGCUGAUACAUGCCUCGAAAAAUACGUCACUGAUACCAUCAUGGCCAUUGUCAAGGGCUUCUUCGGCUCCCAGUUCUCUGUCAGCAACUCAAACCUGCAGGCCCAUCAAACAACUUUCAUUAAGCUGCUGCAGUCUGCCUGCAGACUCUACAACUGCACCUGGCUCAACUCCCUGCAGAAGACGAACAUUGAGGGUUGCAUCAAAACCCUUGCUGAUGUCGAUUUCCAUAUUGUUGCAAUGGGCACUUAA